AUGGAUAGUAAUUUGGAUAAAUCACUAUCAGAUACAGAAAUGCACAGAGUUGGGCAGGCUAAUCUUACGCCACCAAACUUUGUCACAAGUCGUUCUAAAAGAAAGAGAGAUGAUGACUAUGGAAGUGAAAUUUCAAAACUUAGGGAAGAGAUGCAAUCAAUGUUCACAAAAAUAAUGACUUCACAAGAGAAGGAAUUUAAGAAAAAUGCCGCUACUUUAAAAGAGAUACAGUUCUCAAGUGCAAAUAUCGAACAAUCAGUCACCUUCUUAUCUGCACAGAAUGAAGAAUACAGGAAAAAAAUCGAGUUAUUAGAAAAUAAGAUGAAAGAGGAUAGAAAAUAUAUAACGAUUCUGGAGGAUAAGUUAGAAAAUAUGCAUCAGGAUAGUAGGAAAGCAAAUUUUGAAAUUAAAAAUGUACCUAAAAAACAAAAUGAAACAAAAGAAGACUUGAUAAGUAUGGUUACAUAUUUGUCUAACACGGUUGGCUGUCAAAUAGAUAAAUCCGCAAUCAGAGAUGUAUACAGAGUUCGGCCAAAGAAGGAAACCGUCAAAAAUACUCCAAUCGUAGUCGAAACCUCUUCUACAUUACUGAAGAAUGAAAUUCUAAAGUCCUGUAAGGCACAUAAUAUCAAACACAAAACGAAGCUGUGUGCCAAGAACCUUGGCUUCCGAACAUCCGAGCACACUCCUGUCUUCGUAACAGAACAUCUGACCGCUAAGGCAGCACGCCUAUAUUUCCUUGCUCGUGAUUUAGUCAAGUCGAAAUCGUAUAAAUUCUGCUGGACGGCUUAUGGAAAGGUGUAUGUAAGAAAGGAAGAUAAUUCACCAGUUAUAUCGAUUAGGACUGAAUCGCAAAUAGAACAGCUAAUUUCUAACAUAUGA